CCAGGCUGUCGGUGUUUUUUUCUUCCGUUCGACUUGUUUGGUCUGGGUACAGGACUAGGUGUUUUACCCGGUGUUGUCACACAUUACAUUCUCGUUUUGUUCAAUAACUUCGGCGUUUGGCAGGAUGUUAGGAUGGCGAGUGGCCCUGGCCUGCCAGACAGCCUGGUGCUGGAGAUCUUCCUGCAUCUCCCCCAUGCUGCAGUGUUAAACGCUGGCCUAACUUGCUGGCAGUGGUUUGCUGUAUCUCGGGAUGAGUUCUUGUGGAAGGAGCUAUUCUACAGCUACUAUCGCAUCCCACGCUCUGUGCCCCGCCACCCAGCGGCUGUGUCAUGGUACAGGGAGUUUAAAAGGCUGUAUGAUUGCAUCCCCUGUGUAGAGGUGCAGACACUGAAGGAACACCAUGAUCAGGUCCUGCACCUGGCCUUUUCGCACCGUGGACACCGUUUCUCCUCCUGCUCCAAAGACUGCACAGUCAAGCUUUGGGACACAGAGCGGCCAGAUGGAACUAUCUCUUUGGUGCACAGCUCCAGCAUGCGUCAGUUUAACUGGGGCUACACACAGUUCUCCCAAUUCAACUGUGACGACACCCUGCUGCUGGUGUCAGGAGUCUACCUCGGGCCACACCACUCCUCCUCUGGAGAGAUUGCUGUGAUUAGCUUAGAGAACUACACGCUGCUAUCUAGAGUGAGGAAUAAACCCUAUGACGUGUUUGGCUGCUGGCUAAAUGAGACUCAUCUGAUCUCUGGGAACCUGCACUGGAUCGGCAACAUGACCUCCUGUACCGUGCUUUGGCUCAACAAAGCUUUCCAGGACAUUGAGUCAGAGAAUGUCAACGUGGUGAAGCGGCUGUUCAAGAUCCAGAACGUCAAUGCCAGCACCAUCCGUACAGUGAUGGUGGCCCACUGUCACCGGCACGACUCACCCGACCUGCUGCUGGACUAUGAGGCCCAGUCACAGGCCAGAGCCCUGGCCCAGGAGCAUGGGGACUCUCACCAGCAUCAGCCUCUGCUCUUCGACCUGGGAACCUCUGACAGUGAGGAUGACGAUGAUGAGGAAAACGAAGAAGACAAGCGAGGGGAGAUGAGGUGUUCUGCACACGUUCCCCAUUUCAGCUCGUCUGGACUGGAGCACAUCAGACAUGGUCUUCAGAGUGCAGGUGCUCAUGAGCUGGAAUUGGAGGCGCAGGUAGCUCGGCUGAUGGGAAGGAGGCGCACUAAAGCUCCAGACCCAAAUCUAAUGACGCCCUCUGCCCCAGGGGAAGGAGAGGAUAAAACCUAUCUGCUGUUCACUACAGGCAGCCUUACCUACUCACCUCACCAGAUAGGUAUCAAGCGAAUCAUGCCCGAUCAGAUGACCACGUGUGGGCCGGUGCUGGGGGAGGAGCGCAGCACUGAGGAGUUCUUUGAUUCGCUGGAUCAUGUGAUCGACAUUCACGGCCACAUUAUCGGCAUGGGCCUGUCGCCAGACCACAGGUACCUUUAUGUGAACAGUCGUGCAUGGCCAGCAGGCUACGUGAUUUCAGACCCCAUGUCCCCUCCACCAAUAGCUGAGGAGAUUGACCUGCAUGUGAUUGACCUGAAGAGUCUGCGAGAGGAGCGCCGCAGUCUCCGAGCUCACCGGGCUUUCACCCCUAAUGAUGAAUGCUUCUUCAUUUUCCUUGAUGUCAGCCGUGACUUUGUGGCCAGCGGUGCUGAAGACAAGCACGGCUACAUCUGGGACCGCCACUACAACAUCUGCCUAGCUCGCUUGCAGCACGAUGACGUGGUCAACUCAGUGGCCUUUAGCCCUGCCGACCAGGAGCUCCUGCUGUCAGCCAGUGAUGACUCUACCAUCAAAGUGUGGCGUUCGCCACGCAUGGUGCGUCUGGCACAGAGCCCCCCCCGGGCUGCGAGGCCCCGCAACCUCCUCUCCUCCCUGCUGGCCCGCAGGAGUGCAAGUGCUAACGUGAAUGGCAAACCCUGAGUGGAGACCUAACGUGAUGCAAGGAAACACACAGUGGGCAUGACUGUAAAACACUCCGGAAACUGUAGCAUGUGAGAUCAAAGAACUAGAUGGAUGAUGAGGAAGAAGAAACAGCAGGGAGGUGAGUGUAGGGGAGUGUGUAUGUGUAUGCAUGUGUACACACUGGGAUUCCUGUUACACUUGGGCCUAUUGGAAAAGAGGGUCAAACAAAGCUUUUCAUAUGAAUUCAUGAGACAGAAUGCUCUUGUGCUGCCAUUUUGUUUGUGAGAAUUUUUCAGAUUUCUGUUCGAUGAAUAAACCACAGAAACAUCUGGAGUUUUUUUUAGUCACAAAAUGUCUUUAUUUUGAAGGACAAGACACUUGAAACUUAACUUUAAUAUAGGCGUGUAUCACAGUUUCGUAAAUGCUCGAAAGAGUGUCUUGUCUUUUUUUUUAAAAUGUUGACAGUUGAUAUAUUAAUACAGAGUGAUAAAGAAAAUUUUGAAACAAAAACCAAGAAUUUGCAUCAAAACUGUUUUUGUCCCAUUAGCUACCAAGAGUACAAUGAUUGAGCUCUUAACUGAUGCCGUUGUUUUAACCACAAAUAAUAGCAAUCAAACAGUACUGUUUCUGCUGUAUUUGAAGAUCAAAAGCUUCAGACAAAUAGCUAUAACGUCAAAGCGACAUACAGUGAAUGCCUUCGUUGUAAAUUUCUUUAUUAAGUUGUGUCCUUUAUUUCUUUAUUAACUAAUUUGUGUCCACUGCCUAGCGCAAAUGACUUCAUUUCAAGUCGUACACCUUAGUACUAGUCUGAAAAAAAUCCAUCCUAAAAGUGUACAAUCACACCACUACUACUCUGGAAUGCUUGCAAGAAAGCAUUCACAAUGUGUUUUAUAUGAAUUCUUAAGCAUAUUAGGUAACAUUUUUUUUUGUCUAAAAGGCAAAUGCAGCAUACUUCAAAGUAAUUGUCAAUAUCACGACUAAAUAAAAGUUGCUCACUGCACAGGCUCACUGUUUAACAUGGUGGGAUUGAAGCAGAUGAAGCAUCAAAUGACCUGCUUUAGUAUAUUGCUAGUGUCAGUGGAUACUUUCUUUUGAAACUGUGCUAACCCCUUCAGUACUGCAUUGCUGUAACCCAUUAUGCCAUAAUACUUUUUCAUAUUUGACAGUUAAUGGACUCCCUCACAUCCCUUUGCCUUUAUGCAUCUGCCAUAAUGUUAGCAUAGAAUUUACCAUGUGGUGUAUUUUUAUUUACCAAAAAUUCUUAGGUAAAACCCCAUAAUAUUACGUGAGAAACAGAAUCGCACCCAUCCCAUCUUUCAAAUGUUUCUGAAAGCUUACUGCUCAUGGUUGGAUCCUUUCAUGCUUCUUUGUAAGCGCUGAAUAUUUAUUUUAGUUUUGCCCCAUUUUUUUUUUUUUUUUUUAAAACAUACCAAGCGCUUUAAUGCAUCCAAGCCCAUGUAAACCAGCCAGGAUGGAUUGUGGUCUGGUAUGGUAUGGUUUAGUUGUAUUGUGUGUUCUCUGCUGGUGCUUGUUGUAAUGGAUUUGUGUUCUUCAGCAUGUUUGACUUUCUCACCUGGUCCUCUUUAACAUGCAUCAUCAGUCUAGUAUGUAUGAAUGUUUACAUGGUGAUCCAUUAAAACUUUUCACAUCUUAGAGUUACACAGUUCAA